UGCCUCCCACUUACCCAAAAGAAAAGGAAAAAGGCACAACUGCCCAAUCAAUGCUUGACUUUGAUUAGUAAAACAUUCGCAAGGCCGGGCCGCCCCAUCCAAGUACAAAUCCAAAUCCAAAUCCGUCUCCUGCUUCUGAAUCACUUGAUGUCUCUGCAUGUCGAUAGAUGAUAAGAGGUAUUUCUUGAUGGGCAGCAAUUGGGUUGAAAAAGAAAACAAUCAUCAUCAUCAGCAUCACGCCGUUAAGAUAUGGGAAGUAAACAAAGAUCGGUUAUCAUUGAUGCAACAGAAGAUAUCUGCAGCUCCUCAAAUUCUGAGCAAAUCAGCCGGCCGGAGCUCAUGUUGCAUCUUCAGAGUACCCCGAAGCCUUAACGAUGUCAACGGCCAGCACUAUCAGCCUUACAUAGUCUCUAUCGGUCCUUACCACCACGGCAUGCCCCACCUAGCUAUGAUUGAAGAGCACAAAUGGAGAUUCUUGGGCGCUCUUCUGAAGCGGACGCAAGAAAAGGGCAUCGGGUUGGAGGACUAUUUGAGGGCCGUGCAGCCCUUAGAAGCCGAGGCUAGGGAGUGUUACUCCGAAACUAUAGGGUACAGCAGUGAUGAAUUCAUAGAGAUGUUGGUUCUUGACGGUUGUUUCAUACUGGAACUCUUUCGAAAGUUUGGAGGGUUGGUGCCGGCCGAACCAGAUGAUCCGCUCACCUCGAUGUCGUGGGUGUAUGCAUUCCUUCUAAGGGACCUCUUACGACUCGAGAAUCAAAUUCCAUUUUUCAUCCUCAAGCGCUUGUUUCAGCUGACAAACCUGGCGCCCGAUGACGAAGGAUCAGGGCCGUCUUUGGGCCGGCUGACUCUGAAUUUCUUCAACAAUGCGCUGCAAAGGUCUGAGCCAGUUUUGUCCAGAUACAGCAGCCUCGAGCUCGAAGGCAAGCAUUUGCUGGACUUUCUCCGCGCAAGCUUCAUCCCCCCGGAACACGGCGAACCUAAGCCCAAUGAGUUUCCGAAGACUCGCGUAAUCGAAUGCAUCUCAUAUCUCCGGCGCGCCGGAAUUGACCUUAAACCCAGCGAGGAAGAGAGCUUCUUGGCCAUAAAAUUCAGGCACGGGGGGGUAAUCGAGAUGCCAAGAAUUGCUUUGGAUGAUUUCAUGUGCUCGUUUCUGUUGAAUUGCGUCGCCUACGAGCAAUGUCAGGCGGGUUGUUCCAAACACAUGACGACUUAUGCUACAUUCUUGGAUUGCCUGAUAAAUACGUCCAGGGACGUCCAAUUUCUGUGCGAUCGGAACAUAAUCGAGAACUAUUUUGGGACGGAUGCUGAAAUUGCCAAAUUCAUCAAUAAUUUGGGGAAGGAUGUGUCGUUCGACAUCGACGUAUGCUACUUGGCCAGACUGUUCAAUCAAGUGAACCAAUACUACCACAACAAUUGGCACGUUCAGUGGGCGAGCUUCAAGUACACGUAUUUCAACACUCCAUGGUCAUUCAUCUCAGCUUUGGCUGCGUCUGUUCUUUUGGUCUUGACCGUGCUUCAGACCCUCUACACGAUCCUGGGCUAUGUUCAUCCGCACUGAAAAAGAAAGAGAGAGAGAGAGAGUGAUGCACAAUAUCCAAUGCCCCUCCAUGUUGAAAAUCCCAUCCAGGUUUCUUUCUUGUAUCAAUUCAGGCCUUAUAGUACUAAUAAUAAUUUAAUCUUUUCUG